CCUUCUUGUACAAAUCCGCACACAUAUAUACACACACACACACACACACACACACACACACACACACACACUGCGGAGAGAGCGGAGCAAAGCGAGUGAGCGUGUGCGCACGGAUCGUCGUCGAGUCGACAACACUACCCCUUUCUCUUCUGUAGCAUAUAAAAGCAAUACCUGGAUAUGGCAUCUGGAUCAGAAGGUGAAACAGCUGGAAGUGAGAAUUUGCUCGAAUGGGUUCAGAAAGACAAGCGGCGAUUUUUACAUGCUGUUUAUCGUGUUGGUGAUUUGGAUCGCACCAUAAAAUUUUACACUGAAUGUUUUGGGAUGAAACUGCUGAGGAAAAGAGAUGUUCCCGAGGAGAAAUAUUCAAAUGCAUUUCUUGGAUUUGGGCCCGAGGACUCUCAUUUUGCGUUAGAAUUGACUUAUAAUUAUGGAGUCGAUAAAUAUGAUAUAGGAACAGGCUUUGGACAUUUUGCCAUUGCAACUGAAGAUGUUUAUAAAUUGGUCGAAGAUGUCAGGGCAAAGGGUGGCAAAGUUACUCGCGAACCUGGUCCUGUUAAAGGAGGAACGACGGUUAUCGCUUUUGUGGAAGACCCUGAUGGCUACAUAUUUGAGCUAAUUCAGAGGGGUCCAACUCCUGAGCCUCUUUGUCAGGUUAUGCUUCGUGUAGGUGACCUUGAGCGCUCCAUCAAGUUUUAUGAAAAGGCCUGUGGGAUGAAGUUACUGAGGAAAAAAGACAAUCCUGACUAUAAGUAUACAAUUGCCAUGAUGGGUUAUGCUGACGAGUAUGAGACAACCGUUCUGGAGUUGACAUACAACUAUGGUGUCACAGAGUAUACUAAAGGCAAUGCGUAUGCUCAGGUCGCUAUUAGCACUGAAGAUGUUUAUAAAAGUGCUCGAGUCGUGGAUUUGGUUACUAAAGAACUGGGAGGAAAAAUUACAAGACAGCCUGGACCAAUCCCAGGAAUCAAUACGAAAAUCACCUCUUUCCUUGAUCCAGAUGGCUGGAAAGUGGUUCUGGUUGACCACUCUGACUUCCUCAAGGAGCUAGAGGCGUGAUUAGUAGUGAAAAUAAUAAUGCCCUAAGAACUGCUUUCCUGUAUAUGCGCGGACGAGAUAGCCUAUCUAUCGGACUAAAAAUCAUGUAAUAAAAGCUUCACUGUUUGUUGGAUGCGAUAUGCUAAUGCUGUGGGAUGUUGUUACUUAUUUUACUAGGUUAAUACAAUACUAUGCCUUUCGUUUCAUAUUCCUUGUGGGGUGCUUAUUGUACAGAUAUUUCACUAAUGUGUUCGCCUGUUCUUCAGAAUGUUUU